UUAUUAUUCUUUAAAAUAUCGGUACCAUAUUAGAAGCAUUUACGGAUAUGGAUAACAUAUGGUAUGGAUAACCAUAAUUAUGGAAACGGUGGUAGUUGCAGGCCAAGCAUACCUAUUGGGAUUAACAAUAUAUUAUUUUGACAACAGAUUGGAAUGGAAUCAACACAAUAUAUAUAUAACAAUUGCAGGAUUUUUUGGUGUAACUGCAAUUUAUGUUUUUACGUAUAAUACUAAUACUUUUGUCACAGAAAUUUAUGGAAUGAAAUUAAAGAUUGCAUUUUGUACUCUGAUAUAUAGAAAGGCAAUUAGGUUAAGUCCUUCAUCGCUAGGAAAAUCGAAUGUAGGACAAAUGGUAAACCUUCUAGCAAAUGAUGUCUGCAAGUUUAAUGCUAACAUUUUUUAUUUUCCUUAUUUGCUUACAAAUCCUUUCCUUGUUAUCGUUACAAUUGUGAUAUUGUGGCAAUAUUAUGGAUGGACUAUUUUAGCAGGAUUCUUGGCUAUAUUUAUUUUUAUUCCUACACAAAUUGCAUUGAGCAAAUUAUAUGCAAAAUUGAGGUUACAAGCAGCUAAAUUGGGAGACGAAAGACUGAAACUGUUGAACGAGAUGAUUGCAGAUAUGAGAUUAAUUAAAAUGUACUGCUGGGAAUUGCCAUAUGCUGCAUUAAUAGAGAAUGUCAGAGCAAAAGAAAUGAAAAAAGUUCGAAUGUUAUUGUAUGCAAGAGAGAUGCCAUUAGUUCUGUCAUUUCCAAUAUCGAAAUUAUUUAUUUCCCUGACAUUUCUUGCAUUUUAUUUAACUGGUGGACAAUUAAAUUCCCAAAUUGUGUUCGUCACUAUGACUUUUUCCAUAUUUGUCUUCGCUAGCACUAUUAACUUCUUUUCAUUAGCAAUAAAUGUGGCUGCAGAAAUUUUGGUUUCAUUAAAGAGACUUCAGAAUUUUCUACUUCUACAAGAGAAAGAUAAUGAAGCAGUGAAAACGGAAGAAGAAAAUGUCAUGUUAACGGAUUAUGGAAUAAGGAUAGAAAAUGUAAAAGCUGCAUGGAAAACAGAACCAACAUUGGAUAACAUAUCCUUAAAUGUGCAGCGUGGAGAAUUACUAACUAUUAUCGGUCCUGUUGGAUCAGGAAAGACCUCCGUAUUAAUGUCCAUAUUGGGAGAAAUUCCUAUAAUUUCUGGUAAAGUGUCAAGAAAAGGAAAGAUAUCUUAUGCUUCUCAAGAAGCUUGGGUAUUCAAUGAAACUAUCAGAAAAAAUAUCUUGUUCGGAGAGGAAUAUGAAGAAGGGAAAUAUAAAAAAGUCUUGCAUAUAACGGCUCUCGAAAAGGAUAUAAGCUUACUUCCUAAAGGAGAUCUGACUAUUGUAGGAGAAAGAGGCGUAAUCAUGAGUGGCGGACAGAAGGCAAGAAUUAAUUUAGCAAGAGCCUUAUACCUAGAUGCCGAUAUAUUCCUCCUUGAUGAUCCUCUAAGCGCUGUUGAUGUACCAGUUGCAAAACAUAUAUUCCAAAAGUGCAUAAUGGAAUACUUAAAAGACAAAAUUUGCAUUCUAGUUACAUAUCAAAUACAAUUUUUAAACUCUUCAAGUAAGAUAUUAGUGUUAAAAAAGGGAAAAUGUGAAUUCUUUGGCAAUUACAGUCAAAUGAAAAAUUUUGAAAUAGUAAGAAAAAUUUCAUCACACCAAGAGAUCUGUGAAGAUAUCAUAGAAUUAGAGACUGCACUUAUCAAUCACGAUGAAAUAAUUAAUAGUAAUCAAGUUGAUGUGUAUCGUGACAUUGAACAUAUUGAUGACAUUAAUACAGAACCUGAAGAAAAUCAAAUACCACGUGACAACGAACGCUGUGGAACAGUAGGAUUGUCAGUUUAUAAAGUAUAUUUGAAUGCCGGAGCGAGUUUCUUCUUUAAGAUUAUUACAUUACUUAUGCUAAUUAUAUCGCAAUCCAUUACAAGUGCCAGCGACCUUUGGCUAAUUAAAUGGUUGCAAGAUACAAGAUCCUAUAACCAGAGUGCGCAUAAAAUCGAAAACAUUGCAUCGAAGACGAAACUUUUGAACAGCACUAUGAGUGAUACUUUUCAUCAACAUCAAGAAAUUCACAUAUAUGUUUAUCUUGGUUUGAUAUGUGCAGUAUUUUUCACCAUGCUAGUUUCUGCAAUAUUAUUGAAUAAACUGUUUACAACUGCAUCUAUUAAGCUCCAUAAGAAAUUUUUCAAAUGUAUUAUUCGAACACCAGUAUCGUUUUUGGAUAACAACCCUGUUGGAAAAGUUUUAAAUCGGUUUUCUAAAGAUGUUAGUAACAUGGACGAUACGUUACCAUUUAUUUUUCAUCAAUUGAUUAAAUAUUACUCUCUUUUUGUUGGCGUGUUUAUAGUUGAAGCAAUCAUUCUUCCCUAUUUACUUAUAUUGACAUCUGUACUAUCAAUCAUAUUCUAUUUUCUGUGGACAAUCCAUAGCCGGGUGUUGGAAAGCAUAAAAUAUUGGGAAGGAAAAUUGAGAAGUCCGGUAUUCUCUCACCUGAGUGUAUCUCUUUAUGGACUUACAACAAUCAGAGCAUUUAAAGCUGAAAGUAAAUUUAUUUCCACAUUUAAUGAAUACCAGGAUAAGCACACUGGAACAUGGUUUACUUUCCUGUCUUUAAAUCGAUGGAUUUCAACAUAUGGCUGCAUCAUCGGAGUUAUACACUUAAUUGUUAUUGUAAUAACUUUCAGUGUUUCACCUAAUGCAGAUGAUUCAGGCAGCAAACUUGGACUUGCUAUGAAUUAUGGAUUAAUAAUAUUUCUGUAUUUUCAAGUCCUUAUUAAACAAACAUCUGAAAUGAAAUUUCAGAUGCACUCAGUAGCACGCAUACUGAACUACAGCAAAUUGAAAUCUGAAGCGUCAUACGAAAGUUUACCCGAUAAACAGCCACCAGCAGAUUGGCCACAAAAUGGAGAAAUUUGUUUUGAUAAUGUUUCUUUGCAAUAUUCCAAGGAUAAAAAUUUUGUUUUAAAGAAUUUAACAUUUCGUAUUCAUUCAGGAGAAAAGAUAGGAAUUGUUGGGAGAACAGGAGCAGGGAAGAGUUCAAUAAUAGCUGCCUUAUUUCGUAUGGCAGAACCAACAGGAAAGAUAACUAUCGAUGGAAUCGUUACUAAGGAUAUAGGUCUUCGGGAUCUACGUAGCAAAAUUUCGAUCAUUCCUCAAGAUCCGAUGUUAUUUACUGGUCCCUUUCGCAAAAACAUUGAUCCUUUCAAUGAAUAUUCAGAGGAAAUGAUGUGGCAAGUGUUAGAAGAUGUGCAGUUAAAAGAAGUUAUUAGUAAAUUGCCUGGAGGACUGGAUACACAUUUAACGGAAGGAGGCCGAAAUUUCAGUGUUGGACAAAGACAGUUAAUUUGUCUGGCCAGAACUCUUUUACGUCAGAACAAAAUUCUUGUUAUGGACGAAGCAACGUCCAAUAUCGAUAAAAGCACUGAUUCCUGCAUACAGAAAAUAAUUCGAGAGAAAUUCAAAUUCUGUACAGUAUUGACAAUAGCCCAUAGAUUACAUACAAUUAUCGAUUCGGAUAAGGUUAUGGUUUUGGAUGCUGGAAAACUAAAAGAGUACGACUCGCCAUAUAAAUUACUGAAGAAUGUAAAUGGUACAUUUUACAAUUUGGUAGAGAACACAGGAGUAACUUCAAUGAAUGAGUUAUACAAAAUUGCCAAAGAUAAAUAUUACGUUAAACAAAGUACUUUAACAACGAAAUUAUAAAAUCAAUAUAUCUGCCUUUUUAUAUCUUGUGUUUUUCCUAGUAUUAUUUUAUUUAAAAUUUUCUCGCAAACAUCUCUUCCAAUUAUUGCUUCCAAACGCAAUCAGAAUUGUAAGUAUAUAAAAAUUUGAUAUAGUUGUGAAUUUCACUGUAAAAUCUAUACGCUAAACAUUUUGUAAUACAGUUAGUUGCUAUUUUGGACAUUAAAAAUAUUCAGGAUGAUUU